AUGAGCAGCAAUCGGACAAAAUCAAACACAAACGAAAACAAGAUCGAGUAUUCAAACGAGAGUGAUGUCAACCAGAGUUCAAAUGUGGGCGUACCCUCGAUGGAACCAAACGGAAUUAUCGAGAGUACUUGGACGGAACUGGUUGAAGAAUUCGAUCGGAUGAACUUGCGUGAAUCACUUUUACGUGGUAUUUAUAGCUAUGGUUUCGAACGACCAUCUGCUAUUCAGCAACGCGCAAUUAAACCGUGCAUUUUGGGACACGAUGUAAUUGCUCAAGCACAAUCAGGCACAGGCAAAACAGCUACAUUCGCUGUUUCGAUUUUACAACGAAUUGACAUGGAAUUCAAAGAGUGUCAAGCACUCAUUUUGGCUCCUACACGAGAAUUGGCUCAACAGAUCCAAAAGGUCGUGUUAGCACUUGGUGACUACAUGAACAUCACGUGUCAUGCUUUUAUUGGGGGUGGUAGAGUUAAUGACGAUAUCAGACGACUUGAAUCGGGCGUACAAAUCGUUGUCGGCACACCAGGUCGUGUCUAUGAUAUGCUCGAACGAAGGGCUCUUCAAAGCAAAAAUAUCAAAAUGCUUGUCUUGGAUGAAGCUGAUGAAAUGCUUAAAGAAGGAUUCAAACAACAAAUCUACAACAUUUUCAUGUUGAUGCCGGAAAAUAUUCAAACUAUUCUUCUAUCGGCCACUAUGCCUAGCGACAUCCUCGAAGUAACAACGAAAUUUAUGAAUGAUCCGGUGAAAAUUCUCGUCAAAAAAGAAGAAUUGACACUUGAGGGUAUUCACCAAUUUUAUGUCGAUGUUCAACGUGAAGAUUACAAAUUGGAUACACUGUGCGAUCUCUAUGAAACAAUGUCAAUUGCAAAAGCUGUCAUUUUUUGUAACACUCGUCGAAAAGUUGAAUUUUUGACCAAAAACAUGACCGACCGUGAUUUCACUGUUUCAGCUAUGUGUGGUAACAUGGAUCAGAAACAGCGUGAUAUUAUCAUGAAAGAAUUUCGUUCUGGUUCCAGUCGUGUGUUGAUCGCAACCGAUUUACUUGCCCGUGGCAUCGACGUUCAACAAGUCAGCGUAGUCAUUAAUUACGAUUUACCGAACAACCGUGAAAAUUAUAUUCAUCGCAUCGGUCGUGGCGGUCGAUUCGGUCGCAAAGGUGUCGCCAUUAAUUUAGUCACCGAGGAAGAUCGAGCACCAAUGCGUAGCAUCGAACAAUUUUACAAUACCAAAGUACGAGAGAUGCCAAUGAACAUAGCCGAUCUGAUAUAA